AUGUCGGUCUCAUCGCUCGCUUCCCUCCUGAAGCAGACGCACAUCGCCGAUGAUGCAGAAUAUCUCAAAGCCGCCGAUGCAGCGCUCAAGCAGUCCAAGACCGACCUCGAAGCACAGCACGUUAAGGUUGUUGCCCUCCUGAAACUUGAUCGGUUUGAAGAUGCAUUGCGAGCCUUCGAGGCAGGUGGAGACAAGCUGAAGGCAAGAGCUGAUCUGGAAUACUGCUAUGCACUGUACAAGUCUGGCAGGCAGGCCGAAGCAGCAGAAUUAGCACAACAGAACUCCGCUCGAGGGUCGCAGCACGUCGAGGCACAGGCACGGUACAGGACUGAGGAUUUCGCACGGGCGGCGGCGUUGUACAAGCAGCUGGCCGCGAACCCAGGCGAGGAUGCAGAGGCCGAUCUGCGCAUCAAUACUGGCGCGGUAGAUGCGCAACUGGAAUGGUCUGGUCGUGGGAACCGGGUGCAGAACAAGAAGCCGGGCAGAGAAGAUCUGGAGGCCUUUGAGACGGCGUACAAUGCGGCAUGUGGCAGUAUCGCACGGGGUGGACUUGGGCAAGGCGAAGUACUGCUGAAGCGGGCGAAGGGCCUUUGCAGUGCUUUGGAAGAUCUGAGCGAGGAAGAGAAGCAGGCUGAGCUUGUCCCGAUUACUGUACAGCAGGUGUAUGUGCUGUCUAAGCUGGGCAGAGAAAGUGAGGCCGAAGCGCUUGCACAAGAGAUUGAUGCCAAAGCCAUUUCAGACUUGAGCACGAGACAUAUCGCGCAAGUCAACGAUGCCGCUGCAAGACCGACGCAGAAUCAAUUCCUGGCGCAGAGACUGGUCACGAAGGACUUGGAGUCGCUUAAGCCUGACUACCCCUUCGAAUUCCAGUCCGCGAUACUGAAGCGAAACAAGUACGCCUCAGAGCUACAGUCUCUGAAAUAUGCUGGAACUGCUUCCUCAACGGCAUUAAGCCUGGCUUACCCACUCAUGCCAAACACGGAUGCUUUCCACAACUCACUAUCUGCCAUCAACGCAGCUGCACACGCCAAGGGCCAAACAGGCAAGGAAGCCUUGAAACUCAUUCUGACCGUACUCGAAAGGCGUCCGAAUGAUGUCGGCCUACUCCUGACGAUCGCUCAGCUUUACGUGCUUACCGGAAACUCGGCCUCUGCCAUCAGCUUGCUGGAAGGGUUCUUUGCAAGGCUUGAGCAGUCGAGCAAGUCCGACGAACAGGAUGUACGUUUUGCGCCAGGUCUCGUCGGUGCGAUGGUAAGUCUAUACGAUCAGCAAGGGCGCAAAGGCAACUCUCGAACCGAGCUCGCGAAAGCAGUGACGCACUGGCGCAGAAAGACGAAAGAACCACCUGCUGGUUGGGUGCAUCUCUACAAAGCUGCUGGCAGUGCACUGCUCGAGUCCCAAGAUCCAGAGCACCUACAGCUAGCGCGCGAAGCGUUUGAAGAGCUCCACGGUCUCGACAAGAACGAUCGCUAUGCUGCAGCAGGCCUGCUUGCCGCCUCGCCCGAGACGACAUCCAAGGAUCAGCUUGCAUCACUAACACCCAUCGACCGCCUUAUUGGUGGCAUCGAUGUGGAUGCUCUGGAAAGUGCAGGCAUUGCUCUUCCGCCAUCAGCUGCGACUACAACGACCUCGCGAAAGCGACCAGCAGAGGACACCAAACCCAAGAAAGCGAAGAAGAUCCGCCCCAGCCGUAUGCCCAAGGACUUUGUUCCAAACAAGAAGCCAGAUCCCGAGCGAUGGCUUCCUCUCAAAGACCGCAGCACCUAUCGACCAAAGGGCAAGAAAGCCAAAGCGCGACAAGCGCUAUACAGUCAAGGAGCUGUGGCGAAUGAGAGCGAAUCUAGCAGGCCUGCGACACCUGGAGGUGAGGUGGUCAAGCAGAAACAGCAGCCGGGAGGCGGAGGUGCCAACAAGAAGAAGAAAGGCAAGGGCGGAAAGUGGUAA